AUGGAUUUACCUGGAAACGUGGGAGAAUCAGAUACAAUGGAAUUUAAUGAAAUCCGUAUUAAUUCAGGCGAAACGCCAAUUGCAAUAACAAAGGACUGGUUAUUGCAUUAUAGGAAAGAUAUGAGCUGUGAUGAAAUGACACGAAAUCAAAAAGAAGGAAAACUAUAUACCAUACCUUUAAUUAGAGCUAUGUUAAUGAGCCAUUAUAACAGGACUGCAUGGAGUGAUUCUGAGAGUCAAGGAAAAUAUCUAGAUGUUAAAAAUGGCCAAAUUACAGAGGAAAUGAGGGAUAUUUCACAGAAACUUAUGGUAGAUGAUGAAGGUAGUGGGCGUAUAAUAAUGAAUAGGAAAUAUUGUAUUAAAAAACUUGGAAUUUUGGGAAGAUUAUCUCCUAGAUGGUUUAUAUUUAAAGGGACAAAUUUAGCAGUUUAUCAUACUGCUAAUGAAGAUGCUCAUCCUAAACUAUAUAGUUUAAUAGGUGCUGCAUACGAAGUAGAAGAUCGUGAUUCACCCCCCCAUAAGACUCCAUGGUCAUCACCAAUAGAAAUAUUGAAAGAAGAUCGUUCCAUUGAGCAAAUUGAAGCUAAGUACAGACUUUCAAUAGUUACAAAAGAGCCAAAAGUUAGACAUUUUUGUCUAUAUAGCAAUACUAAAGAAGAAAUUGCAGACUGGGUUAAAAUCUUUCAUGUUGCAAAUCUGAAUUUAGAUCCAAACCAAGCAGCAUUAAUUUCAAAUGUUAUUACUCGUAUUGCACAGAGAGAUAUACCACUAGCUUGGGAUGCAUUAGUAUUUGAAGCGGAAAAUCGUGCACAUCGUGAGACUAUGUUAAGAUGUUUCGUUAAUAGACUAAGAUAUCUUAAAGCUACCAGAGUACUAAAUAAGUGGGUGAAGAUACACCAAGUACAGAAUAAGGAUAUGAAUGAAGGAUUAAAAUUGUUAGGUCGUGAAGUAAUGCUUGGUAGACUUUAUCGACGUGAUAAGUUGUUAUUACGUGCUGAACAAAAGCGUGAAUCUAUUAUUGAACUAAUUCAAGAAGGUUACAGACGUGAAAAAAGCAAAAGUCAAGCACAAUUUAAAAAUUCAGCCGAAAGUAUUGAGACAACAGAAAGUGAUGUAGCUGCUAUUGCAGCUACCUCUGCAGGUUCUCAGAUAAAGCAGGGACAACAAGGAAGGGAUUUCCCAACAGUAUUUUAUGUCAACUCAGCAGUUAAGUCAUAUCAGUGUAGUAUUUUAGAUAAGAUAAAUCAAGCUUCAAAAUCUUCUUGUACAAAGUAUUCUGCAAUUCCAACGUAUCAAGAAGAAUCUAGAGUAAAAAUUUCAAGUGAUUUAAGUAAAAUUUUAUGGUCACCCAAAAAGUGGAAUAAAACUCAACCAAAAAGUAUGUUUGUAAAUGUUGACUCAAUAUCAUGUAUUAUUGUAAAUGCUGCAAAACCCAGUUAUUUGGCUAAAGAUUUACCAGCAGCUCCAAUUAUUGAAAAAGAAUAUGAUAUUGCUGAAUGUGUGGAUGAAUUGGUAUAUAGCCAACAAGAUCCAUGCUUUCCAAAUAAAAUGCUGAUAGCUAAAGAUGAGCAAGUUAAAGUAACUUCUGGUAAUUGGUUAGCAAUUUGUGGUCCUAGGAUUGGAUUUAAACCAGCUAUUUCACCUGAUUUUUUAAUUAGAGACACACCAGUAAAUGUAUUAAGAGUUAAUAUUAAUGUAAAGUCCGUAAGCUUAAAUGAAAGAUUUUCACGUUUAUAUGUUGGAUAUUACCAGUAUUAUGCUAGAGAGCUACAAAAUAUGUCAGCAUAUGAAAAACUCACUAUUAUGGCUGCACUUACUUAUGGUGAUAAUUAUCAGGAAUCUCAACUUAGCACAAUUAAGUCAUUAGUUUCUAAUGUUAAGGAGAAAGAUGAUAAUUUAUGUUCAAUGUCAUCUACUAUUUCAAGUAUAAGGAGACUUUUUACUGCAGCUACUAUGACUAAUAAUGAAAAUGUUGAUUCAGAAAUUCAACUAGAUAAUGAAAUUUUGGAAAAGCAAGAUAGCAGUAAAUUUAUGCCCUCAAAUUCGACAAUUUCUUCGAUAAGAUAUCUUUUUAGCAGAGGACUAACUUCAGUUAAAGAUACUGGGAGUUCUCAAAACAAGUCACAUAAUAAAAAUGCAACUGCAGUAGCCUUAAAAACUGGCAAGUUGAUUGAAGGAUUGGUUGCACCACCUGAACUGAGCGUAGUUGAUCCUUUUCAAACAAUUCAGGUUGACAAGGCUAAUGAUAUACGAGAUAGUACUGUUCAAACUUAUUUACGAAUUACUGCCUUCCACCAAUCAUAUACUUCUGCUCAUGCUGUAGGUAUUAAUCCAACUUAUGACAUAAACUUUUGUGUAGAGGUUCCAUUAUUGGCAUCUUCCAAUGCAUCUCCUGAGAUGCUUAGACAGAUUAGAAUGAAAAUAUUUGAGGAAGCUAUUUGUACAAUUGAUUUAUGGGUCAAGUCUCCAGUUGAAAAUAUUCCAGACGAAGUAAUUGCAUCAAUUGAUGUCCCAUUAAAAGAUUUAUGUUCUAUGGAUAAAAUAGUAAGACAAAGAGUCCAAUUUAUUUCUGUUGACUCCUUCAUUUUUAAGCAACCAGUUCCAGAUGUUAACACUAGUGGUGAAGGAAAUACAAGAGCAGUACAGAUUCUUAAAUAUUUGGGAUUAUUGGAUAAUGAUAGUGAGGAAUUAGAAUAUUUAUCUUUAGGUCAGUUAGAUGUUGCUGCUGAUACUACUGAUGACAUUGAUAUUAUGGGAGAAAAUCCAAUUUCACCUGAAACAAUUUGCUUAGGUGGACUGCAAGCCCUAUCUUCAUAUACCUUAGAUUUAGCAAGAAAUAGUAUUAAAGCUAAACAAGGAGAUUGUGUUGAAUUGUAUAUAGGGCAAGUAACGCUAGAUCCUGCUUGGACACCGGGUCUAUAUUUUGUUGAAGUUAUUAUGGGAGAUGUAAGUUGCGUUACACAUUUAGUACAGACUAGAUAUGAUAGUGCAGCUGCUGAUUUUCGUUCUCAUUUAUAUAUUCCAACAUAUGAUAAUCAGUUAAAUGUAGACCCUAAAUGUCUACAAAUACUGAUAAGACGAGCUGUUGGUAGUGAAGAUCGCUGUUCAUCACUUGCACGAUUACUGCAAGACUCUGUCAUUAUGGGGGAAUUAUUAGUGGAUGCAACAAAGUUGAACUUGAAUGAUCCACAUAGCAGUAAUGGACUAUAUGCAGUAUUUAAACCUACUGCAUCUGCAUUAUAUGGUAGCAAAGGCUUAGACUAUGCACUUCAAAUUGCACAAUUAGGCCCUAAAUCUACAGAAUUACAAGAAGCAAGGCAAGAUAUAAUGCCCAAUGUUCAAAUUAGAAUGAUGGUGACAUUGAGGAGGAAAACAGACGUUACAUUGAAAAAAGUUAUUGACCAAUCAGAUGAUUUCAAAUUAGUUGGUGAUACAGCGUUGCUAGUAGUUGAGGAGGAAUUGAAAUAUCCAGUUUCAAGAAAAGAGUUUCACCAAAGGAGUUGCCCAGGUAAAUUCGAUCCAAUGAAGGCUGGCUGUUUAGGUUUGCCAUUGCGUCCUAUUGGUAAUUACAUUGAAUACGAACUAGGUGGCUUUCAAAAUAAUUCUGACAACCAAAUUAAUGAUCUGAACUUACUUGACCAGAAUCACUCUCAAUCUACAUUAUAUGAAGAAUUAAAAGCUAUUGAUGCACAACCAGUUCCACUUUAUACGCAAGAUCCAGUACCUGCAGAAUUUUAUUUACCAGAAGAUCCAAGAACAUUUAGAGAUCGUAAACUACCUGGUAUUUGGCAUCGUAUUCUUACCGAUGGCUUUAGACCAGGCGAAAGAGUAACAAGAUUAACACAUCGUGUAAGGCAUGUUCCUGUUACCAUUAUUGCUAUUUUCAAAAAUCGUACAGCUUUAUGCAGAUGGCCUGAAAACAUUGAUAUUAACCCAACCGAAUUCCCGGAGGGCUGUGUAUUUAUCCCUGAACAAAGAUUAGUUAUGGGAGUUCCUCUUUCAUUUUUAACCACACCCCACAAAGCAGGUAUUCAUGUAUAUGACACAUUAAUAACUAGAUAUGCAGAUAACAGUAUCAAUGUAUUUAGUCACAUUCUUAACUAUGGUGGAUAUCUACCACUGGAUGUCAAUCCCAUAUUUUGUGAGUAUGAAUGGAUAUUAUUUAUUAAAGCGGAAACUCCACAGCAAAUGACUUUAUGGGCUACAAUUAUUAGAAAUACAAUUCGUGAAAAAGCAUUCCGUAGAGUGAGAGCAUAUGAACGUAUUCGUGAUAUAAUGAGCAGUGAAGAACGAGAUUACAAAGAUUGCAAAGCCUCAUCAAUGAAAUUAGAAAGGCAUUUAUUAGGUGUUGCUAAUAAUAAAGGAAAACGCUAUGAUAGUGGAGAAUUGGAAGUAGUAAUAGAUGGUGUCAACGUCUUAUGCAGAAAUACUCAACCUUUAAACUUUUACACUGUAUUCCAAUGGUCACGUAUUCCGAAAAGGUUAUAUGAAAUUAUUGAAAAUGAGUGCAAUUAUGAUGUUAAGAGUAAUUUAAGACAAGCAGUAAGACGCUUAAUUGAAGAAAGAAUAUGCAACUUUAAUAUGGAUAAGAAAGAUGUUAAAGAUACUCUGUUACCACAGCAACUGCGUCCAGCUCCAAUAGACUCUAGGUUAGCUGAACUUCAUGCAAGUUAUAUACCUUUUGGAUACUCAACACAAAUAAAACAAGGUGAUGAGAAUUCUGUAGAUAAACUUAGAGAGGAGUUUAUAUCUCUAAUACAAGAUAUAACAUUCAGCUCGUAUUAUGUAUCAGAUACAUGUUAUAAUGUACUACCUGAUGAAACAUCACCUUAUGAAAAAGAUUCAGAAGAUGCUAAAAUUUUAGAUGAAAUUAGUGGCGAACUAGUGGGCAUAAUUCCUGAUAAAGUUGAUAGAAAUAAAGCAAUUAAUGAUAUUUAUAAUACUUACAAGUGUAGAUUUUAUAAUAAUAAGAAUAAUUGUGAAACUGGUGGAUAUGUAUUUAAUACUACAUAUAUUGAAGCAAGUGAUGAAGUACCAAUUUUAGUUAUUAAAAUAUUCCAAGAAAAUACUGAAAAGGUUGAGGAAAUAACAAGUACUAUAUUGGAUGGUACUGUUAGAAAUACUGAAAAUGAUACUUUUGUUGGUCAUGUAAUAUUAAAUACAGUGGAUUACUUGACUCCAGAGAAUCCAUUUAAUAUUAAAUUUAAAAGAAUUAUACCACAAUAUUCAUAUGUAAUAUCUGCAUCAAAUACUGGUGGUAAGAAAUACGCCUUCAAAAGUGUUCAAGAAGCAUUGGAAUUUGUGCUAGAUCAAGAUCCAGAAAUAACUGUUGAAAAAUUCUACCGUGCUCUUUAUGGAGAAACUAACCAAGCACGUAGAAUACAUGGCUCAUGGAGAGUUAGAGUAAAAGAGGAUGUUGAUUAUCACGGUGAUAUAUGCUUUCUAGUAAGAUAUGGAGCAAAGGAUAUUAGAUUACUGUCAGAAUUUCAACCAACAGCUAAUGAUUACAAAGAGCACAUUUUGGAUUACCACAGGAAACAAUUUGAUAGCAGUGGUAUUCCAUAUAUCAAAACUCCAUAUGAUCCAAAUACUCCUUUAGCAAACAAGAUUUCUAGAGUAUAUGCUAAUAAAUUUAAACAGUUAAAUGGUGAUACCUUUGAUAUGUUGAGACAAAAUGGAAGCGAUAUUAAGAUGUUAAAGGUAAUUCAAAUGUAUUUGUUGAGACCAGCUGAACAAUGGAUAUAUGAACGUUGUAUUUAUGAACAUAUGAUGUUCUUGGAGCCAUUAACUGAUCUUGUUGAAAAACAAAGCAUGUCCCGAUGGAAAUACUUGCUAGCAGAUUCAAGCAACAAGGGUUUACAGCAAUGGGAACAACUUUAUAGACAAGGGUUAUUACUACAUAAGGUUGAUGAAUUAUCUCAUGAUAGCUGGUCAAUAUUAGUAAAUGCUAAUGUUCGAGAUAAAUUACCACAAAUUUUGCUGGAACUUUGGAAUGAAGAUGAAUAUUUAGGCGAAUUUCUAUUACCAUCACUAUCGUCUCUACUACUUAAUAAAAUUAAUUCAACUAUUAGGUUGUAUUCAUAUUCAGCAUCAAUUCAAGCUGAACGUAAAACAAGAUAUGAUACACGUAAAGAGUACUUGUCUAGUGAAAAACUAUCUACAUUUAUAAAUAUGGAAGUAGGGUGGAGAAUUAAAAGUACAACAGAAGGUGUAUUCAAUCUAAUAGUUAGGGAUGUACGUAAUGUAGUAUCUGAAAAUACUGAUGACUUGAAUGAAAUUAAACCACAUAUUAAUGUGUAUCAAUAUUUCAGUGAAAAUGAUCAAUGGAGAUUAUUAGCAGCAACACCAUCAGGUAUUGCUACAAGAACAAUAUUAGGUAUUGAAACUCCUGAAAGAUUGAAACAACAAAAUAUUCAAUGGAAUAAUGUAUUUGUAUUUAAUAGAGAUCGCACAAUUGAUAUGCAAUUCCCAAUAUCAAUUCCAGCAAUGAUAGAAUCAGUCCCUGUAAUCUUUAAUUUUAGUGAUCUACUUGUACCGUCACUUAAUAACCAAAAAACUAAUAACGAAAAUGAUGAUGAAAUACCUAAUGAAAAGAUUUGGUCUUUAUUAAAAUCCGGUAUUCCAAAUUACUAUCGCCCAUAUGUCUGGAUGCAAAUUAGUGGUGCAUAUGAUUUGAAAGAAAAUAUUUAUAAGAAGUGGAGAUCUUUGAAUGAUGCAAGCAAAUGUGGUCAUGAUACAUUAUUCUCAUAUUUAAUUGAAUAUGCAGAAAAUUGUAACUCGUGUGUAUUACGCCAACUAGAUGAAGAUCUGGAAUGUGCAAAGAUAAGAUAUCACAUCUGUGAGACAAUCUUAGGUAUUGACCAUGUUCAAGCAUUUUGGGAUAAUGUCAGAUAUAUUGUACGAAGUUUAGUAGUAUUUUCAUUAAGAAAGAAAUAUAAUGUAUUUAAUUGUGAAAAAUUCCAUGUCGGAUUACCAUUACAAUAUACAUUUGGUUUACUAUCACUAACAAUUGAACUAUUAAUGAAUUUUGGAGGAGUCUGUUUAACUAGUGAAGAUGUAUUCUACUUGAUAUAUGCAGUUUGUGGCUCAAAACACUCAAUUACAAUAGGUAGUAAACACAAGGAGCAGAGAAUAAUUAAAGGAGCACUGUUACCAUACUUUACAACAGAAAAAGAUGAUAAACAAGAUGAAGAUGAUAAUAUGCCUGCUCAAAUUCAUGAUAUUAUCUUUUUAAAGAGUGCAUUAGAACUACUACACCCAUAUGAAUAUGAUAAUAUGGUAGCAUCUGGAUUCCAACUAGAAGAAGUGUUUUAUAGUCUGCUAACUGCACUAUUCUCUGGCUCAUUACCAACCUCAACACUAACCCAAUUUUAUGACUUACUAUUUAAUGUUUAUUUCCAACCAAAACAUAUAUUUAGAAGUAAGAACUAUCAUAAAAACCAUGAUGAAUCAAAAGAACAAAGUCAAAAAGAUGGAAACAAUUGUGAAUCAGAGAAUGAGAUUUAUGUAUGCAUCAGUCGACGUUUAAUGAUAUGUCUAUCAUAUCAUAUAAUGAUGGAAUCAUAUCGUGAAAUUAAUAUUAAUCCUUUAAUGUCAUCUAAAAGUAUUCGUGAGACAAUUAACUCAGUUAUGUCUAUGAUGACAAACCCAUUAAAUAUGGUUCAUGGUAUCGAAAGAGCAGACUUUAUGAUAUUUGGUGAUAAUAAGAAAUAUAAUACUAUACACAGAUUAUAUAGGGCAUAUAUAUUAUCAUAUCAAGAAUGUUUAUGGUUUACAAAUAAGCAAAAUAGUGUAUUAGAGAAGAUUAUCAAUAUGACACCAUUGCAAUACCAACAUGGGAGUGAUGCACCAACUCAUUUGGGUAUGAGAUUUAUAGGUGGUAGAUAUGUUCCAAAAACUGUUUUGUCUCCUGGUUUAUCAUUGAAAGAUUUAACUGAAUCAUUGUAUCCCUUAAUGAAAUUCCAAGCAUUAUAUGCAGGUCGUAACUUACAUCAGCUACCACCUGGUGUAGCAGGUUAUGUUAUAAUAAAGAUUGAUGAAGUACGUGAAUUUGCAAAAUACAAUGAACCAAUUUCACCAGUAGUAUGUGUACGUAUGGGUCAAUACAAAGUAGCAACAGAUCCGGCAACAGAACGUUGCUCAAGAUCAUUUAUUUGGAAAUCAAAUAAUGUGUUUAUGUUCCCUAUUGAAAUAUGGAAGCCUCCAGUACAGAAAAAAAUUCAUGGACGCCAUAGUUUAAUACAUGUAGUGGAGGAUGAUGUAGAAGCACCACAAACAGUUGAUGUAUUUAUUGAAGUAUUAGAUUCUGAAGCAUUAGAUGAAGAAAAUAAGAUAUUGUGUUCUGCACAAUUAAGUUUGGAUAGAUGGCAUAGUGGUGGUGGUAGCUUAGUACUGAAUAAAGAUAACGAGACAUUGGCAGUAUUUAAUGAUUGUAGUAAAAUGAGCCUACUAUUUUCUUGGUAUACAUAUGUCCCUAAUAAUGAGUUAGAUACAAGUGCAUUGUUACCAUUUGCAUUUGGCAAGCAACAAUGGGGUGAUUAUGGUGGUUUCCAUGCUAUAUACGCUCCAGUAGAUGCACAAAAUCUUCGUGAUGAGCUUUACCCAGAUAUUAAAGAUAAAAAAUUAAAAGAUUGGGAACAAGAGCCAAAACAAAGUGUACUUGAUAUUAUAUAUGGAAAGAGGAAAAUGGAUGAAUCAGGUGGUAGUUUGUCUACAAUUCCAACAAUGCGUUCAAUGUACCCAGGUAAAUUAGAAAUUAGCACAGGAAAAUAUGGCCCAACUAGAUCACAACUUCAGCAACUAUUCUUCUUUUCAGUCCCAUCUUUACUACCUUAUGUAGAUGAAAUUGUAGAGAGUUUUGCAAAAAUAUCGAUGAAUCUAUCGAAUGAAAAGAUUUCAUUAACUCCUGUACCACUCAGAGAACUUAUUGCUUCUAUAGUGUUAUGCUCUCGUGGUACAUUAAGUGAGAAGGCUGAAUUAUUAUUUGAUUUGUUUGGUUAUGAUGAUGCCAAUCGCCUAUCAGUAUCAUUUCACUCAAUGUAUUACUCUCAUACUCCACAAUAUCCGGGCGCAAUUCAAAUUGGCUCACAAGUUAAAAGUCAUCUUCCAACAGAAGUGUCAGAUAAGUUGGGCGUUGCUCCAGCAAAUGUGAUAUCACUGGCAGGCAUUGCAGCUAUUGUGCAAACAGCAUGUAUUAGGGCAAAUAUUCCACUAGAUAAUGUUAGUAUAUAUCAAAUUACAGCAUCAGUAUUUGAUCAUUAUUUCGAUGUUCCAAGUGUACUACGUGCUUUGAUCAUCCCACCAAAAGGAUAUGAUGGUAGAGUAUCAAGGGAAUAUAUCAAGCAUCAUUACAAUAACUUGAAGUAUGAUACAAGAAGUAUUUCAAAUACAAGAGAUGCGAAGUUAUUAAACUUUAACUUAUUUGAAAAUUGUUCCGAUGAAUUAAAUCCAAAGUGUAAAUCAUGCUUAUCAGAAGCAACAGCAAUUCUCGAGAAUGAUCUACAAAGUAAAUAUAUAUUAGAUGUAACAAGGCUAAUAACGCAUCAUAUUCGCAAAAAUGCAUCUCUUGAAGGUCUCUUCGGUAUUGAUUUCUCAGCUCAUACUUGUCUAAGACAUUUAAAUAUUAGUGAUCCUUUCCCAGGUCUAAUUAAAACACUGAAAUUAAUAUUAAGUGGGAAAAGAAGUAAGCAUGAAUUGCGUGUCAUCGACAUUACAGUUGAUGAAAAGGGUCACUUUAUUGAUGCAAUAGUGCAAUAUGGCAAUGAUACAAAUGAUGAAUUAAAUAAAACUGAUGUACGUGGUGCAAAUCAGUUCAGACAAGCCUUUGAAUCAGGAUAUGCUACUGUUGAUUUCCCAAGAUUGGUAUUUAGCGAAGGUGCAGCAAAUGGCAAAGAAAGAGUCCCAACAGCCAGCUUUGUUUUUAAUUUGCACAAUAUUUUAAUUGAUAAAUAUAGCUUCGUUACCAGAUUCUGUGACUUCUCACUUGUAACGGAAGCUAUCAGAAGAAUAACAGCAAAUGAUCGUACUUGUGAACCUAAUCAAUAUCUAAAAAUUAAUGUAGAAGUCAAUGUAACUCUAAACGAGCCAAAAUCCUAUCCACAUUAUACUGUAGAUGAAAUAUUAGGAGUCCCAUUAAAAUUAAAUGAUGAUAUGAAUAAUCAGAUAACAAUGAUGAAUAGUGGAACUACAUACUUUGGAAGUACCUAUUUAAAAGAAGGUAGCACUCAGGCAUUAUCAAAUAUCCAAGAGGGGAGUCAGAGCCAACGUAGUAUGUUAUCAGGUAUAAAUAAUGAUGAUAUUUAUGUUGAAACAGAAUCUAUAAUGACCGAAGAAAGACUACAGUCAAGACAAACAUUUGAGCAUAGUGUCUCAGUACACUCAACAAUGCCUAUAUCUGAUGAGGCUAUCAACAAUUCAAAUAAUGAUGAACUUAUUAAUAGACAAAUCUCAAAUAGUAGUGGAGUAGUUCUAGAACAGUCAUCAACAAAAAUAAGUAAGAUACUUUCAUCUAAACAGUCAUCUUUAAAAAGAGAAGAUAGUAAUUUAGGACCAGCAGAAAUGAAAUCUAUUGAUAACCGAGCUUCUAAUAAUAUUGUAAAACAAAACACUCUACAAAAUCAAACUACACUACUAAACCAAGCAACCUUACAAAAGCAAGAUACAUUAGAAAAACAAGAAACACUGCAAAAUAAAGGAACAUUACAAAAUAAAGGAACAUUACAAAAUAAAGAAACAUUACAAAAUAAAGAAACAUUACAAAAUAAAGAAACAUUACAAAGUAAAGAAACAUUACAAAGUAAAGAAACAUUACAAAAUAAGGAAACAUUGCAAAGUAAAGAAACAUUACAAAGUAAAGCAACAUUACAAAGUAAAGCAACAUUACAAAGUAAAGCAACAUUACAAAGUAAAGCAACAUUACAAAGUAAAGAAACAUUACAAAGUAAAGCAACAUUACAAAGUAAAGAAACAUUACAAAGUAAAGCAACAUUACAAAGUAAAGAAACAUUACAAAGUAAAGAAACAUUACAAAGUAAAGAAACAUUACAAAGUAAAGAAACAUUACAAAGUAAAGAAACAUUACAAAGUAAAGAAACAUUACAAAGUAAAGCAACACUUGACAGAGAAAAUAAAAAUUUUGAAAGUAAAAAGACAAUGAAAUCAAUUGGUGAAGAUAAUAUUAAGAGUAGCUAUUCUGAGUUAUCAUCAGCAGCUAAUUCAAGAUUGUCAUCAAAAGCUCAAUCAAAAGUAUUAUCGAAAGCUUCAUCAAGAAUAUCUGUAAGUAUACCACCAGUGAAAUUACCAUCUAAGCUUGGUGAAAAUGAAAAUUACAUCUCUGCUGAAGAUAUCCCACUAGUAGAUGUAGAUAUUCUCACUGAGGAACAACUAUCUAUUGAAAGAGACCAAGGAGACCAAGAUCAGCAGUUAUCGGCACCAACAUCUGUAAGCACAAGACGUAUAAACUCUCAGACAAGUUUACUUAGUGCAAUUAGUAGAGGAGCAUCUACAGUGAACCUAUGUCGCUCAUUUACACGUGGGAAUUUGGGUAGUUAUUACGAUGUGGAGCCUCAUACAGAAUAUCAAGUAGAUAUUCCAUUCCGUCCACCAGGACAAGUUGAAGAAAGGCAUAAUGUCCGUGUAUAUAUUGCAGAUAGUAUACGUGUGCUGAAAAGUAAAGUUAUGGACGCUUGUAAAUGUAUAGCACAGAGAUUAGAGGAAAGUGGUAUUGAAAAUGGAUUAUAUAAAGAAAUUAUAUUGGGACCAUAUCAUAAAGUUGAACUAAUUGUAACAGAUUUUGAUGGACAUAUUAGAUAUAUUCCAUUGGACAAUGAAACUCAUACACUGGAAGAUUAUAUAUUAUCUAAUGAGGAGCUACUGCAAGAAUUCAUCACUUCAAAUAUGAAUAGUAUCCUAAAUGUUAGAAUAAAUCAUCCAAAGCAAUUAAGAAAUGAGAAGACAAUGGUUAUAAUGAAUGAAUUACAACACGAAAGUGGUGGAGCUGGUAUAACAAGCAUGUAUUUAGCAAAUGAAUUAGCAAACCAUGAAAUACUAGAUGAUGGUUUACUAAUUAGGAAUCCUUUGGGUUUCCCAACAUACUUCCAUAGGUCACAUUAUUCUAUUAAACAAAAAGUGAUUGAGAUUGAGCCUGGAAAAGUCGUCUCAUUGGAUAAUUUAUGCUUUGUAAGGAAAUCAGAUAUUGUAUUAAGUAAUUUGGCUAGAAGCAUAAAUUUAGAUUGGAAUGUAGAUGAAUGGGUUCCUGCAGUUGCCAUUCGUUGUAUUAAUACGCUAUUGGAUGAAUUAGAAGGUAUUGGAUCAGAAAUAAUUCGUGGACGUGUCUCACGAAUCCCACAGUCUGUAAUCAAUGCAUCAUCAAUAAUUGGUGGUUUUAUGCCUGUAACACUAGGAGCAUAUAAUCCAAUAUCAGUAGCAUUUGAUUAUGGACAAAAUAUAAGAACAGUAGGUAUAGCUGGCAAUUAUAGAAAUCCAAUUAAUAGUUCAUCUUCAAGAAGAAUUGCAACAAAUUCAAAGGCUAAAUUGACAAUUAGCAAGAAAUCUAACUCAAUAGCUAAUAACAAUACUACAAAUUCAAAUACACAAGUUGCAUCAAAAAUUAGACCCGAAAAUAUUCUUGCUUCAGUACAUGGAUGGGAUUUAUCUUAUGAAGUUAUACUACUAGACUUCCAUGAUUUAAUGAUUGAAGGUGGAACUAGCACACGAGAAUCUAUCUGUGUAACUGAAAAUGAUAUAGUCUUUUGUUUCAGACAACCAAGUGUAAGAGAUAACUUUAUCAUUAGUAACCUGACAACAGAUGAAAAGAUUAGGAUCAUGUCUUUGUCGGAAUGUGGCAUGUGCCCACAGAGAAUAGCUCUAGAACUAUCUGAAGAUAGAGUAGCAGCUUUGAAAAGUGGUUCAUACUCAAUGUUAUACAAUAAUCAACCAAGAGCUGUUGUUGUACCACAUCAGCUAGUAUGUGAGUUCUUAAGACGAUUUAGAGCAGCAAUUGAAGAAGACAAACAUAUCUUAAAUUAA